UUUAUCUAUUUUUUAACAUGUAGUAGCUGUCCUUAUAAUAAAUCCAUAAAGAGAAGUCUGUGGUAGUAUCAGCUUUCAAAUAGAAAGGCUCAAAAUGAGUCGCCCUCUAGUGGAAGUGAGCAUAACUCAAGCAACAGCUUGUUUUUCCUUUUCAUAGGAAUUUGUGUUUGACCUUAAUGAAUGUUUUGGAUGUAGAUUAAAUAUGAUGCUGUAGCUGAAGUUAUCCCUGAAAUCACAGAAUCACAACAUUGUAGUUGUUGAGAGGGGCUUCUGGAGAUCAUAUAGGCCAGGCCUCUUGCUCAAACGGGUUCCUCACAGUAGGUCACAUAGGAAAUUGUUGAGACAGCUUUUGUGUGUCUCUAGAGAAGGAGAAUCCUCAGUCCUCCUGGGCAGCAUGUUCUAUUGCUCCGUCACUCUCCAUGUAAAAAAGCUUUUCUUUAUGUUUGUUUGUUAUAGUUUGUGCCUGUGCAUACAACAUAAGUGUGGAUUCAGAUCCCUUAGUGCUUAUGGCUGACAUUGAACAGUAUGGAGUCUUUUAGGACUGUAGGUGAUUCACAAGGAACUAACAGAGGUCCUGCAGGCUAAAUGAAUGAAUGUAUUUUUCUGUAUAUGUUAAUGCAUAUAUAUGUGCCAGUGUAUUGAUAUACACUGGCUCGUGCUGAUAUUGUACCUAAUUUUGCAUUUGUUGGGUUACUUAUUUCCUAAUAGUCAAAUAGAUUAAAUCAAGGUUAAACCUGUGUUGAUUGCAGGAUAUCUAAUGUAAGUGAUAUAAAUAGCAGAUACUGUGAGAGCAAAAAAGGUACCCUUUGAUGCAGGAUUUGCAAAAUCCCAUCAUUAGGUUUUUGUGUCUUCUUACUUAUAUUUUGAAGUUGAAGAAGGUUGAAAAUUGAAGUGAUUGUGACUUUGUAAGCUUAGACAUUAUUCUAGCAAGUGUAAGCAGCAUUGAUGUACACUGUCAUUCAGCAGAAGCCUAGAUUCUAAUGUAGGGAAAGGGGCUGGUAUGGUAAGGCAGGGCAUUUUUUAUGGUGAUUGAAGAGUAACGAUCAGAACCGUAAAAUUAAUUUUUUUAUUUUAUUUUAUUAUUUUUUAUUUAUUUAUUUAUUUAUUUUACUGUUUGAAAUAUUGUGUCCAAGAAGUCCAUUAAGCAGAAGAGUAGCUUCUCAGAAUGAGUUACUGAAGUUCCAACAGAGGUCAAAGCAAACCAGGUGUAACACUUAAGGGAUAGUAUUGAGAUCUUUUAUUAACUAUAGUGCUGUUGUAAUGAUUCCCGUGGUUUUAUCUGACCUUGUGAUCAGUGAGUGGGGAUUGAUCGGAAUGUGUUGUUUUAUGGUGAAAAGAGAAUGUUCAGAAAGUUACCUGUAUAUGUAGUCUUUUUCGUGAGCCAGAUCCGGAAGGCUGGGCUGCGUACAGUCCUUGAGCUGUGUAUUGAAAAAUGGAAAUUGCAGAAAAGUUGAAAUGGGGGAACAUUUUGGAAAGGGAAGGAGAGGAAGAUGCACAUUCCUUCACGUGUCCAUUUGAAAUAGUUGUGGGUUUGUGAUUUCUCAGUACCUACAGUACCGCUGCACAAGUGGUUUUUCGGAUGAGAAGCCUUUGAUAUUCUGCACUGUAGUCACUAGAAAGGUGUCUAAGUGUUCAGCCUGAGAGAAAACACUCCCUGUCUUUGGUUCAACUCUAAUCAUUACACAUCCUGUAUUAAAAAAAGUGCUAAAAAGGGGGGAAAUUUAAUUAAAAAAAAAAAAAAAAAAAGCAUUCAAAGUACUGUCACCUGAUAUGUCCCUGUAUUUUUCAUUGUCUGCACUUCUGAUAUGACCUGUGGUUCCAUUGUAAUUCCAGGCAGUGGAUGAAACAGACAUUCCAAGAGAUUUCAAUUACACAUCUUCCCAGACUGAGUGUCAUGGUCCUACUGUGUCCGGCAAAGCCUUACAGCUGCAUGGAGAGGACUUGCAGGGUGCCUUCAGGAUAAGUCUGCAGUCUUCCCACUGGCCUUUUAUAUUCCUGCCAGAUCUUUUCCGCUGCAGGUGACAGUUUUCACAGAGAUGAAAGUUAUCAGUGAGUGUUUGUCUAGCCAGCUGGGUAUCUUGCUUCCACUUUGCUUUUCCUGAAUUGUCAUGUGACUGCUGAUAUUAUACAUACUUGCAAUGUUUGUGUCUUAUCAUGAAGCACAUACCGGUGAGCAGUUCUUGUGAUUUGGGUUUUGUAUUUUUUCUGUUUGUAUAAAUAAAUAGUAGUUAUCAAUAGCUAUCCAAAAUGCAACACGUGGACCUCAAUGAGGGGACUCUGGAGAAGGAUUAGGAAAUUUUUAGAAGGCAAUUGUUAGUCUCAUACCUGUCAAAGGGGGAAUGAGUUUACCGGCAUGCGGAAGCAGUUUGCUUUCAGGAUUCAUUUGAGCUUGAACUCAUGUACCUGAGCAGCUGCUGCAAUCAACAGGAGAUGCUUCACAGCGUACAGUGUUGGAAUUUUUUUAGCAGCUGAUUUGCUUGCCUUUUCCUCAAUGUACCUCACCAGGGAAUGGCGUUCUAAAAACUGACCUCAAAUGUUUUGCAAUGAUGUUGUGUCACAAGCAGAAAGUGUAAUCAGCUCCAUUUUCUUGCUGUUGGAAAGUGGUCAAGGUUAUAUGUGGAGCCAAGGUACAGCUUUGGAGAAAGAAAUUGAGAGUUGUAUUUCCUGCAAUAUUGAAAUCCUUGGUCCCUCCAGCUUCUGACUUCUACAGUAGUCAGCAGUGAACCCCCCUCCACAAAUUGAACUGAAGUUUCCAGCAAUUGGAAAGUGUCAAAUACAUUGGUGUUUGUAGUUAAAGUAGAGGGAGUGGGGGGCUUUUGGUUUACUUUUGAUUUUUUGUUGUUGUUGGUAGUGGUGGUGGUUUUUGUUUGGUUGGUUUAGUAAUAGAAAAAAAGACCUGUGAUAAGGUGUAUUUUACAAAAUUUUUCAGGUGGACAAAUGAGUUCCACCUGUAUAUGUCUUGCUUUCUUUUGAAUUGUGGGAAAGAGAGAGAUGUAUCGGAAUCAUAUUCAGUGUCAUGGUUUGAAUCAGAGGAAAACAUAGUUGUGUCAGUUAAGGAUCAAAUUGAAAUUAGGGUACUUUUCUCCUGGAGUGGGUGCGCGUGUUUUUGAGUUUGUUAUUUUUGUCAUGGUCAUUUCCCAAGCUUCCUGUUUAUUAAUUGUUUGUGAAUGUUUUUUUACUAGUGUGCUGACUGUAGUCACUGUGGGCACAUUGUACGUUUGUCUUUAUGUUAAACAUCAGUUCUCAUAGACUAGCUGAUACCAUGUAUCAAGCAAAAUGUGCAAGGUUUCAGAUGCAGAAAAUGUUUGUUUAAUUCAAAAGGAGGAACAGACUCAUUCAGCAUGUCAGUUCUGUUUUGUGUCUGGUUUCAAAUAUUUCAUUUGCAGUACCUGUGUAUUCUGAGGUCUGUGUCUUCUUUCUUGUCUCAGACAAAUCAUUGUGACUUUGACAAUAGGUGCAGACUGCAGCAGAUUGUGCGUCGGAAGUCCUCGAUGCCGAUCACUUUCAGGUUGAGACACCUUUAGUGUGUGUGGUUAUGUGCUGAGAAAGUACUUAUGAGUUCAUAGUGAGCACGAGACAGAAACAGCAAAAGAAUGAAAGGCCAGUUUCUGUCUAAAAGUGAGAUGCAGAUCUGAAUGUCUCACAAUGUGAUGUGUGAUACAGUUGCUGAUGACUGACAGCGGUUGAUCCGAUACGUAUGUUUGUGUGCAUAUUAGUGAAGAGAGCUAAAUGCCUCAUUUUGUUGAUGUUGUUUAAAAUAAUUUUAUGCCAAAUGUGGGUGCACUGUUCAGAGCGUGCUUGGUGUGUGAUAAGGUUUAAAAACUGGGAGAAGUUUCAUUAUCUGCAGCUGUGGGUUUAUUGAAGCCAAAACAAAUGGUAUUAUGGAUACUCAGGUAGCUAGACAAACAAUUACUGCUAGCAUUUAUCUCUGUGAAAGCUGCCAGCUGCAGUAGGAACUUCAUCAUCUCGCAUCAGUAUAAAUGGACGGUGUAAAGACCACAGCCUCACACCGAGGGCAUCAUGCGAGUCCUCCUCCUCCUCGUGGCCGUAGGGCUGUGCCAGGCACAGUACAACCCCAACACUCAGCCUGGGAGGACGUCUAUCGUGCAUCUCUUCGAAUGGCGCUGGGCCGAUAUUGCUCAGGAGUGUGAACGCUAUUUAGCUCCGAAUGGGUUUGGAGGAGUUCAGGUUUCUCCUCCGAAUGAAAACAUUGUCAUUACCAAUCCGAACAGGCCCUGGUGGGAAAGAUACCAGCCCAUCAGCUACAAGAUCUGCAGUCGAUCGGGCAAUGAAAAUGAGUUCAGAGACAUGGUGACCAGAUGCAACAAUGUUGGCGUUCGUAUUUACGUGGAUGCUGUUGUCAAUCACAUGUGCGGGUCUAUGGGCGGCACGGGCACCCACUCGACGUGCGGGAGCUAUUUCAACACCGGGAGUAGAGAUUUUCCUGCCGUGCCCUACUCAGCCUGGGAUUUUAAUGACGGCAAAUGUCAUACUGCAAGCGGAGAUAUUGAGAACUAUGGGGACAUGUAUCAGGUUCGUGAUUGUAAGUUGUCUAGCCUUCUCGAUCUGGCUCUGGAGAAGGACUACGUACGCUCAACAGUUGCGGCAUACAUGAAUCGUCUCAUUGAUAUGGGCGUGGCAGGCUUCCGGCUCGAUGCCGCCAAGCAUAUGUGGCCUGGGGACAUCCGAGCGUUUCUGGAUAAAUUGCACGAUUUGAAUACUCAGUGGUUUUCAGCUGGAACAAAACCCUUUAUUUACCAAGAGGUCAUUGACUUGGGAGGAGAGCCGAUCACAGGCAGUCAGUACUUUGGUAACGGGCGAGUGACAGAAUUCAAGUACGGUGCUAAACUGGGGACGGUGUUGCGCAAGUGGAACGGAGAGAAGAUGGCCUACUUAAAGAACUGGGGAGAAGGCUGGGGCUUCGUGCCUUCCGAUCGAGCCCUGGUCUUCGUGGACAACCACGACAACCAGCGCGGUCACGGGGCGGGAGGAGCUUCCAUUCUCACUUUCUGGGACGCCAGGCUGUACAAGAUGGCAGUCGGUUUCAUGCUCGCUCAUCCCUAUGGGUUCACACGAGUGAUGUCAAGUUAUCGUUGGCCGAGAUAUUUCCAGAACGGAGCGGACAUAAAUGACUGGGUUGGACCACCGAGUAACUCGGACGGAUCAACAAAGUCUGUUCCGAUCAACCCAGAUACUACAUGUGGCGACGGUUGGGUCUGUGAACAUCGCUGGAGACAAAUAAGGAACAUGGUUAUCUUCCGUAAUGUGGUAGACGGUCAGCCUUUCUCAAACUGGUGGGAUAACGGGAGCAAUCAGGUGGCUUUUGGCCGUGGCAACAGAGGCUUCAUUGUGUUUAAUAAUGAUGACUGGUACAUGAAUGUUGAUUUGCAAACGGGGCUGCCUGCCGGUACCUACUGUGAUGUUAUUUCCGGACAAAAGGAAGGCAAUUCAUGUACUGGAAAGCAGGUGCAUGUUUCUUCGGAUGGAAAGGCUAAUUUCCAGAUUAGCAACAGCGAUGAAGACCCAUUUGUUGCAAUUCACGUUGAUGCUAAGUUAUAAAUAAAUUUGGCAUGUUUUUUUUCUGCUGUUA